UUUUGAAUUAGGGCAACUAAGCAGUCACAUGCUGUUGAAUUGUUUACUGAAAUACCAGAUAUAUGCUCGAGUGAAUAAGGGUAUCUCAGCAUUGAUAACGGAAUGCUAUCACAGGAUGUGAACGAUAUAUUUGAACAUUUAUGAUUAGUGAAUGCAUGUAUUUUAUAUAAAUUGACUUAACUUUAACAGAUACAUGGGUAACUGUUGUGGCAAUGAGGAGGAGGCUGACCCUUUGCUCGGGACCAGACCGGUGGGGGCUCGGACUGGUACCUUGUCGCAGCCAGUAGCGAACACUGUUGAGAUCCAACCGCAGUUGGUACCGCAAAAUCGCGGGACAGAGCCGUCGUACAUGUCCGCUCGUCUCCAGAAACCAUCACGGGAGCACGAGUUUGAGACCUCCAUUAAACUGAUAUCCACGGUUCAACUACAGAAGAUUCCACUUCCGGUACUGGAUAAGACUUUCCAAGAUGUGGGGCGGUUGUACAACGAGGUGGUCGGCAACUUCCGGUCCCUGGAGACGGAGAUCCGCAAGUUCAAGGAGUUCUUCGUUGCCGACACGUCCGGUAUACCGGUACUCGAGGAAUGUGUAAAGCUUCUCGUCCAACGAAUUGGCAAAGCAAAAAUUACAAUUGAGCGGAAGUCAAAGACGUUUAUUGAAGUAACUUACGACAAGCAAGAGGUAUCAAGACUUUGCAAGGGCGAACCAGAGCUGAGUCUGCUUCCCUUGGAGCACUUUUCCCGCGCAUGUCGUCACAUCCGGGACAUUCUAUCUCAUGCUCCAACAGUGGAAACCAACGCGAAAAUACUACUACAAGACGAGGAAACUCUCCGAAAAGAAAUAAUGAAGUCGGAUUUGGAGAAUGCUGAAAUGCAGCUGGCGACAAAGGCGUUUAUUGAUAACGUUUCUAAACUUCGCGUUGUGGCUGCAGGAACAGAUACAAUAAAAAGGGAUGCCGAAAAGAAAUUUAACGAGGUUUCCAAAGCGAGCAAAUGUUUCUUUGGUAAUAAGUGAGUUUUAGUGUGGAUGACUAAAUUGAAUUUAUUGUAUACAUAUAGGCCUAGCGGACCGCACAAGGUAAUCUGCGAUGACACGCACAUAAAUUGAGCCCCGUUUUUUCAGAGCGAGGUUUAAUUAUUAUAUACAUGUAUCAAUUAUAGUAACCUAUUGCUCUUAUAUAAAAUGUUGCAUUCAGGAGAACCCUGUUAUGAUACAUAUGCAAAGUUUAGAAAAGUGUCCUCCAUAUUAUCGAUGAAAUGCGAUCUCAUAUUGAAAUAUCACGCAGUCUUUAACCCUUGUAUGCCUAACGUCUAGCAAAAGGCCUUGGCAAACAGCGUAGACCCUGAUGAGACGCCGCAUCAAAAGCGUAGACCCAGAUGAGACGCCGCAUGAUGCGGCGUCUCAUCUGGGUCUGCGCUGUUUGCUUAAAAAAAUUUCUUUAAGAAAUAUUACAAAUAUAGAAAUAAAUAUACCAGACAUCCCUAAAUUUGGAAAUAAAUUGAUCCAAUUUAGAAGGAUGGGAGAUUCCACUAGGCAUGAAUGGGUUAAAAUCAUGACAUAUGUCUUUGUAAAGCCUGACAAUGCUUACUCCUCUCGUACAUACCAAACAUAAUUGUGAUAAUUUCAUUGGAAACAAGAAAACAAGAUGUGUUUGUGAAACACUAUGUCCCCCCAUAUGUUUAACCUUUGACCUUGAAGGAUGACCUUGACCUUUCACCAGUCAAAAUGUGCAGCUCCGUGAAAUACACAUGCAUGCCAAAUAUCAAGUUGCUAUCUUCAAUAUUACAAGUGUAUAUUAAAUUAGCGAUUUUGACCCAUAUAUUUGACCUUUGACCUUGAAGGAUGACCUUGACCUUCGUCUUUCACCACUCAAAAUGUGAAGCUUUAUGAGAUACGCAUGUAUGCCAAAUAUGAAGUUGCUAUCUUCAAUAUUGCAAAAGUUAUUGCAAAUGUUAAAGUUGGCGCAAACAAACAAAGACACAAACCAACAAACCAACAGACAGGGCAAAAACAAUAUGUCCCUCAGUAUAUACUGGUGGACAUAAAAAGUUCAAUUGUGUCCAUAUUUUCCUUAAGGAGAUCAAUUUCUUUCCAUAAUGAUGUAUUUUCGUUAAGCACUGUGAAUCGUUUUAUAGUUUUGAUAGAUUGAGAGAUAUGAUCUCUUCGUCAAUUUUACCAUGUAUUACCAUUAGGUCGUUUGUAAGUGGGCUCAAUCAUCCGAAAUAUCGGUACUUUCUAUAGAAUAUAUCCGGGCUUUCCUCGUAAAGGGAAAUCUUUAGGGGAUGCAGAAGACGUCAUCUGUAUAGUGGGUCGUUCAGGUUGGGAAUCGGCUGUAUUUCGCCCUGGUCCCGGGUUGACCACACAAAUCAGUCUCAAACACACAUCUGUCGUCUUACUGCCCACCACUAGUCCACGUUAGACAUUGUUUGGCUUUAACGACAUCUAAAACUCCCGCAUUCUCGAUCUCUAAAUACAAAUAUCCAUUCCCGUAUGUAUACUUCAUGCUAUACCCAUCCGCACGAAAAGCAGCGGGUCGCAAUUGUUCCGCGCUUAUCUCAUAUUAAGUGAGUUCCGAAUUAUCUUUUAAAUGACAAAAACGAACGCCAAUGAGUCGUUGCAAAUUGGGGGCAUUCCGCUAUUCGUGCAUUUUGUACAGAAGAAGGCGUAUUAUAAUAUACAUGCAAUUGUGUGAAGAAUUGUCUGUGUUUAUUAUCUUACAUAUGUGUUCUCAUUUUAACAAGGUAUUAGAUCAAUUUGUAGUUGGUUCAUGGGUGCUCGUGGUUAAUAUAUAAAUGUUACAAUUUUGCCCAUGGCAUAAUCUUAUGUGCUUGUUUCCGUUUUUGAUUUUAUGUUUACUUCUGCUGCUUAUAUACAUGUGUAAACGUGUUCAUUUUACUGCAAAAGAGAAUUGAAAUGCUUAAAAUAAAUGAAAGAAAAGUGU